CAGCACCAGCAGCACCAGCACCAGCAGCACCAGCACCAGCACCAGCAGCACCAGCAGCACCAGCACCAGCAGCACGGCCGGCCGGCCACGCUUAUCACCAGCCUGGGAGGAAAAGCAGCUGCUCCAGCCGCACGGUUGUGAUCGAUCAGUGCGUGCCCGUGUGCGUGUGUGUGCGCGCGUGGAAAAGAGACAGGCCUGUUUUGCAGAACGCGACACCUUUCCUGCCUGAAUUAGAGGAAGCGAUUUCACACACUCACACACACACACGGGCCACCAAAACAGGCGGAUGGCAUUCUGAUGGAUCUCUGCACAGCCAGGAAACUCGCAAGAGCCCAGCCCGGCCUGGCUUUGUGUGAAAGUCCGGAAGAUGGAGAAAUGACGCGCGGCGCGUGUCUGUGACGCGAUUAUCUCAGUCCAGGAACCAAGCGAGCCCGACCCCGUCCCCGAUCGGAUUGUCCAGCUGCAGUCAGGAUGAACCAGGACGGAAGAAUGGACGAGGAUGGUAUGGAACCCCUGAAGCCCGGGAGCCAGCCUCCAGCCAGGUUUGCGGGGGACGGUUUCCCAGAGCCCACCGAGGACACGCGGACUCCCAGGGAGUGCCCGGAAGACGGUUUGCCUAUGGCUUGCAGCCACGCUGACGGCCAAUCAGCCUGUGAGAAAGAGGAGGAAAACAAAUCAGAGGCCACCGCCAUGGGCACCAGCCCUUCUGAGGAGGCCGACCAGGAGGCAGCGGGAGAGACCAAAACAGUGCCACCGCUGGACAUCCCAGAGGAGCCCCCAAUAGUAGAAGCGUGUGGCAAAGGAGGUGCUGCAGGAGACACCGACAUUUCCUCUGCUCCCGUGACCGCCGUGAAAUCGGUUAACUUCAGGCCAAGUGACAACACGUCUGCCAACGAGAAGGAGGUGGAGGUGAGUCCAGAGGCAGAGUUCCUCCGCCUGUCCCUGGGGUUUAAGUGCGACUGGUUUACCCUGGAGAAGAGGAAGAAGCUGGAGGAGCGCUCGAGGGACCUGGCCGAGGAGAAUCUGAGGGAGGAGAUCACGCACUGCCUGAAGCUGGUCGAGUCUCUGAUGCCGCUGUGCGAGGACGACCAGCAGGCCCAGGACAUCAUCCGGAAGCUGGGGAAGAGCGUCUCCCUCCUCAGCCAGUGCUGCACCCGGGCGGCCAGCCGGGCCGAGACGCUGGGAGCCCUCCAUCAGGAAAGCCGGGUGAGCAAAGCUGUGGAAGUAAUGAUUCAGCAUGUAGAAAACCUGAAGAGAAUGUAUGCUAAGGAGCAUGCUGAGCUAGAAGAGCUGAGACGGGUUCUUCUGCAGAACGAAAGGUCCUUUAACCCUCUGGAAGGCGAUGAUGACUGCCAAAUUAAAAAACGCUCCGCGUCUCUAAACUCUAAGCCGUCUUCCCUCCGGAGAGUGACGAUUGCUUCUUUACCCAGAAGCCUCGGCAGUGCAGGCAUGGCCGCCGGGCUGGAGAGCAGCGACCGGUUCAGCAGAAGGGCCAGCAGUUGCUCAUCUUCUUCGCACAGGCGGGCGCUGGGGUCCAAGCAGAGCGAGCACCGUCCAUCACUGUACCGGUUCAUUAGCACCUACUCCUGGGAAGACACGGAGGAUGAAAAACGAGAGCUCAAAGCCCAAGUUGACUCAGAGCCUGCUGGAGAAGAGACGGUGGAAAGAACAAGGCAGGCCAGCCUCUCUGAAAAGAACACUCCACCCAGGUGGGACGUGUCAUCUUUCUCCGGCCCCGCCUUCUCCUGGGCCCUGGGCGCGGCGGCGCAUGCGCAGCUGCGGCGCGGGCUCCUGGCGCUGUGCGCAGCCGCGGCCGCCUGCGCCGUCCUGGCCGCCGUCCUGGCCGGGUGGUGGCUGCGGAGGCCGGCGGAGGCCGCGCCCGGCCCGCAGGGACCCGCGUGACGCGCGUGACCCAUGUGACCACCCGCGUGACCCGAGUGACCCGCGUGACCGCCCACGUGACCGCCCGCACCGCGGCCCCGCCGGACUCCACCGCAGCGGCCCUGGGCUGGGCAGGAGCCUCAGGAGCGCUGAUCCCCGUGCUCCCAGUGAUCCCCGUGAUCCCAGUGCUCCCAGUGAUCCCCGUGCUCCCAGUGAUCCCCGUGAUCCCCGUAAUCCCAGUGCUCCCCGUGCUCCCCAGUGCUCCCAGUGCUCCCCAGUGAUCCCCGUGCUCCCAGUGAUCCCCGUGCUCCCCAGU